AUGGCAGAUUCGAACAAAGCUGACAUCCGAGUUUUCUGCGAAUUCAUGUCGACAGGUUUCGUCGUGAUCAUCGGUGGCUACGACAGUUAUUGCAGCCCGCAAGCUCGUCCCGUUGUUGGCGGCAUCUGUUUCGACACCGCUUUCGACUUCAAGACUCACUUCGUAAGCAGUACACCCGGUGUCGUUAUGAUGCAGUCCAACGACCUCAGAAGUAUUGCUGUUCCGGUCGGCGCAUCGGGUGCCACGAUGUGGUUCACGACGCUGACACAUCGUGUCGAUAUGGUCGCGAUCAAGUACGCGGAUUGGUCUCCGUACACCUGCGUACAGUACACGAUCUCGUCCACGCAGGUCUACACAUCUCUGUUGCAGCCACAUUUGUUCUCAGACAUCAUGCAGUUUUCUACCCUCCUCUUCCUUUGCAGUGCUGUGCUACUCUUCAGCGCCGCUCAUGCUCGAGCCGCUCUCAGCUACGACGAUUUCUGCGGCAUCUUCAAGAAAGAUUGUGCAAAGGGCACCACGUACGCCUGCUUCAGCUCGCAAGACGGUCCCAUCUCUGGUCAGGACGACGAUAAUCCGUCAGUUUCUCUUCUGCCUCACGACGAUGGGUCGUGGGCGGUUGUCUUCACAUCGUUCGGUCCAACGUUCCAAUUCGGAACGGACAACAUGUUGGUGUCCCUCAUGCCAAGCUCGAAGGAAGCCGAUCAGGGUUGUGUCGACUAUGUCAUUCUGCCUCCCGAUUCGCACACCGCUGCAGACACCAAGGACCAGACCAAGACCCAGUGUCCGAAAGAUGGACCUAUCGUCAUCCCUGCUUACGAGUAG